AUGUGGUUCGGGCGGUGCAAGACGCCGCACCCGACCGUGCAGCACGUGGGCUACUCGAUUCAAGUGCAACGCGUUGAAGUGUCGAAAGUGACCUAAUCGACAUAUUUUUCUCAAAGAUUCUUGGAAAAACAGCCCAAAAAAAUAGUCCAGCGGGUGCGGUUGGUUGGUGAUGCCGAGGCCGGUCCGCAGAGUAGAGCUACAGACACUUGAUAUCAACAUUGGGACAGCGUCGUCGUGUUGUUUGUAGAAAGUAUAGACUACAUACUGGGUGUGGCGUGUAGCCCCUUCGCUCAACGCGACAUACCUGUUUGAUGGCACAAUGUACCGACAGCAGUAGCGGCUCCUUUGUGUUCGUGCUGUGAAGAGUAUUCUAUCAUAGAAAAUGGGAGAUGGUAUAAUACCAGGGGAAAUCCAGGACUCUAGCUAGAUGCACAUACAUGCAUAUAAAAUCUGUGCAGCGGAUUUUGUGAGUCAGAUUCUCUCUGGAGUAUGAACGACUUCUUCAGAUCGUUUCGGUGGCUACACAGGUGGCCAUAUCUCGGCGAGUGCAGAGGUACAAGCUCGCAUUGCGCGGGCGUCAAGACGCCGAAAACAGGCGAACAAGAUCGACCUCGGACCAGUCAACGCCAAUGAUAUGGGGAUGGAGUGUAGACGCAUCGUAGAACGCGUUUUCGUUUGAAGUUGGCGUCUUGUUUGAGAGUAGAUGUGACAGAUUUACGGUAAGAUGUUAUCAUGAACGGAGAUGAAAGGGCUUUUCCAACACGGAGAUGUAGCAUGGAUCAAAGCAUUUGUUGGAUUUCAGCUUUUACAAGCGGACAUCAACGCAGUAGUAUUUUAGCAAGCUUACGAACGCAUAUAGGAUACCAUCAGGAUU